AAUUUAUGCUCUAUAUAAACUUGGUAGAAAAACCAUAAUAGGCUCACAGCCAUUCUGCAUUUCUCAGUUCAUAUUAUUUCUGUAGCUCUUGUGCUUGUGUUUCAUUUUCCAAAAUGGCCGAGGCACUCAUUGCCGUGGUUCUGGAACAAUUGGUUACAGUUUCUUUUGACCACGCAAAAGAAGCUGUGAAGCUGAUUAGGAGUGCUGAGACAGAGGUCGCAAAAUUCAAAAGCAAUCUAAAAGCAAUUCAAGCUGUGCUCGAGGAUGCUGAGAAGCAGCAAGUGGAGAAGGCUAGCGUGAGAAACUGGUUGGAUAAGCUGAAUGAUGUCUCUUACGAGAUGGUUGACGUGCUAGAUGAGUGGAACACUGAAAUUCUGAAACAAGAGGCAAAUGGAGUUGCUACUAAGGAAAAGAAAACCUCCAAGAAGGUAUGUUUCUCCAUUCCCUCGAAUUGCUUUUGUUUUGGCCUAGUCAAUAAGGCAACUCAUCUUUAUAAAAUAGCUACCGAGAUGAAAGAGUUGAACGAAAGGCUAACUCUGAUUACUGAUCAGAAAAAGAACUUUGAGUUUGAUCAAUCCUCAACUCGUAGGAAUGAUGAACAACUUAAUCAACCGCUAGAAACUUCAUCAUUUGUUGAUAUUUCUACAAUAUUUGGCAGAGAAGAAGCAAAAGCUAAUUUGUUAAGCAAGUUGUUGAGUGAUGGUAGUGAAGCAGGGAAAAGGGUCCUUGUCAUACCCAUUGUGGGUAUGGGAGGGAUGGGCAAGACAACUCUUGCCCAAUUAGCCUACAACAAUGAAGAUGUAAAAACCUAUUUUGAAAAGAGAAUAUGGGUUUGUGUCUCAGAUCCUUUUGAUGUGGUGAAGAUUGCCAAAGCCAUUAUUAGUGGUACUGGUAAUGGCGCCCCAAAUUCAACCGUGUUGGAAGAGGUCUUGCAGUGUAUGUCUAGAUCUCUUGAGGGGCAGAAAUACUUGGUUGUUCUAGAUGAUGUGUGGAUCGAAGAUCUAGGAAAGUGGGAAAGUUUAAAGUUACCGAUAAUAAUGGAAACUUGUGCUAAAGGUAGUAAAAUAGUGGUGACCACACGAAAAGUGAAAGUUGCUGAGGUAAUGGGAGCAACCACUCAAAUGAUCCAUUUAGAGAAGCUGAAUGAUGAAAAUUGUUUGGCAUUGUUCAAUAGCAUUGCAUAUUUGGGGAGGGAAGAAGAUAAGUCUAAUGGAUUUGAAGCUAUAGGUGAGCAAAUAGCAAAAAAGUGUAAUGGCUUGCCACUUGCUGUAAGAACUUUAGGCGCUCUCAUGCGUUAUAAGAAGGAAAGGGGAGAUUGGCAGCAGGUCUUGGAUAGUAAGAUAUGGGUUCAAAAAGAGGUUGAGGAACAAGUUUUUCAACCACUUUUAUUAAGUUAUUAUGAGUUGAAUCCUGUAGUUAAGCGUUGCCUCUUAUACUGUGCUACGUUUCCAAAAGAUUAUCGGUUUAAGAAACACAAUUUGAUUGAGUUGUGGAUAUCACAGGCUUAUUUUAGUGAAAAAGACUAUAAAGAAAAAGAAAAAACAGGUCAAAAUGUCUUCGAUACCUUAGUAAUGCGAUCAUUUUUCCAGGAUGUUGUGAAAAAAGUAGAUUAUAGAGACAAUAUCAGCAAUAUAUUUUGCAAAAUGCAUGAUAUUGUGCAUGACUUUGUGCAAUUCCUCAAUAAGAAUGAAUGCUUUACAAUGGAGGCUGCAGAAGUAAAAGGAAGAAACACGGUAAUAAGUGAGGAGGUCCGACAUUUGACGUUAAUGUUUGCACCCUUUGGCUCUCCACUUUCUGAUUUUAUUUCACCGGUCAAUGGGAAAAAGUUGCGUACUCUUGCAACUUUUGAUUCAAGAAUGAGUAGUAGCAUAGAUUUAAAAGCAAUCUCGCAACUAAAAUGUCUGAGGAGCUUAAAUUUGAGCCGGAACAGCAUUGAAGAACUUCCGGAAGAGAUGGGUGAAUUGAUACAUUUGAGGUAUCUUGACUUGUCUGAAAAUCAUCGUUUGAAGAAACUACCGGACAGUGUCGGAAAUUUAUACAAUUUGCAAACCUUGUGUCUUACUGGCUGCAAUUAUCUUAGUGCACUGCCUGCAAAUAUGGGUAACUUGAUUAAUUUAAGACAUCUUCAUACCCAGCGUUGUUAUGGGCUGGAGUAUUUGCCGAGAGGUAUGGCGAGAUUAACAAGUCUGCAAACACUAAAUAUGUUUCAUGUUAUUGAUAGUGGCCCCGGUGAAGGCUUGAAAUUAGGAGAUCUGGGAAGCUUGGACCAGCUUCAGGGUAGUCUCCUCAUUAAUUUUAAGCGGAAUUGGAAAGAUACGAGUGAGGCGCAGAAGGCUCGCUUGUGGAAUAAGAAGCUUCAUACUUUGCGGCUAGAAUUAAUGGGAUUGGAGGAGCAGAGCCAUGUACAAGUCCUGGAGGCGUUACGGCCGCAUCAAGAUCUGGAAAAUAUAGAUAUACUUUGGUAUCAUGGCACCACCGCGCCCAGUUGGAUGAUGUCCUUACAGAAUUUGAGAUCCCUUUCUCUUUGGAGUUGGGAUGGAUGCGAAUUUGUGCCUCCUCUUGGGAAAUUGCUGUUCCUUGAAAAACUAUUGCUAUGCGGAAUGGACAAAGUGAAGACGGUUGGAGAUGAAUUUUUAGGAAUAACGGGCACUCAAACAUCAUCAUCAUCAUCCUCUGUUUUAUUCCCAAAAUUGAAACAACUCACCUUCUAUGUCAUGAGUGAGUGGAAACAGUGGGAAGGAGUUGGAGGGUGGACAGAAAACGGUGGUGAUGAAAUUACAAUUAUGCCGUGCCUUGUUUCCUUCACAAUCGAGGUCUGCCCUAAGCUGAUGAACCUGCCACUCUUCCUGCAAAAGACACCGGUCAGGAAUGUUGUUAUCAGGGAAUGUGGUCGGAGUAUUAUAAUGCCCGUCUGGCCCGAGAACUGUGACGUCAAAAUUUCUGAAGAAAGGGAGGAUCCGGUAAUACCGGAUGUUACUGAGAGGGUUGAAGCAGAGACUCAGACAGAUGAGGAGAUCACCACCAUCACCUGAAACUGCAAAGCUUAAAGACUGCUACUGUAAAUAUGUGAUUCAGAGAAGGAGUUGGAUUGUUCUUCCGCGGAAAGCAGCUGCAGGUCUUAGGAGACAUGGCAAUGAGUUACAGAUUAAAUGAUGCCUCAACUAUCUCACUUUCUUUUCAUAAGAAAAUGUUGCAACAACACCCUUGUAGCAGGUCAGACCUCAGAGUAGCAAUGGAUCAGCAGAACAUCACACUCAUGUAGUCUUGAUGACAAUGCAGAAGUAUGGAGACUACAAAAUUGCAUCAAAGUGGUCAAGCUGGUGAUUAAUCAUUAAUCAGAUGAGAUAUAAUGUAACAGUUAAAGGCUUCAGUUUUCAGUUGCAAGGAGUUAGAUGAUGCUGACGAUGUUGAUAAUGAUUAUGGUGAUGAUGAGCAAGAUGAUGAUGAGAAAGAUGAUGCUGACAAUGUUGAUGAUGCUGGAUUGCUGGGCAUCAGGACAGUGGCGGAUCUAGGAUUCGAAAAUAGGGAGGCCUACAUAUUUAUGUGUCUCUUUGGGCGAAGUCCAGAAAUUUUUUUUUAGUACAAUUAUGCACAGAUGUGCGAAUGCAAGAGUGGGGAGAUGAGAACCUGAGAGUUCAAGUAUUCAAAGAUUGAAUUUAGUCCAUAAUUUAGGCCUUUUUGUGAAGAAGAAGAACAAGAAAAAUGAGAAUUUGUGAUGGACAGAGAGAAUGGGAGAGCCAGAGAGGAGUUUGACUUAGAUAAUUUGAGAGUUCGGGUGGGCUUCGUUAAACAAACAUACAUAUAAACAAAAAAUAUACAUCAUAUAUAUAGUUUUUUUUUUCAACCCAAAAGUUUGUUCUGAAUAUAAAGCCAUGGAUAGGACGAAAUAG